AUGGAAUCUGUAAAAAAGAUGAAAGGAGAUUCAGUUCGUGCUACUGGACUAACAAAAUCAGUUCGCCAAGAAAAGCGUCAUCCAAAAAUGAUUGGAAUAAAAACCAGACACAUGUCCAAGUCAUCCAUAAAAAGAAAUCGAACUAUAACGGGUAAUAUGGAAAUGAAAUUUAAGAUUAAUAAACAAGGAGGAAAUAAAAUGUCUACAGAUAAAGAAGACUCUCAUAGGACUCGGCCACCAAACGCAAUGGCACCCACGAAAACUCAAGAUACUGAGUUAGAAAACCAUUCAGCGACUACAAGUGUGCCAGGAUUUAACAUUGCAGCGGGAAAGGCUACCGUCUCUGUUACAAAUAUACUCCCCAAUGUGGACAAUCAUACUGCUCAACAAGGGAAUUUGCAUAUAGCAAAAAAUUUGAUCGAACAGGGUAAAGUUAAGGCAACUGACCGAGACGCACAGAAUGUUACCCCUUUGCAUUGGGCGGCAAUUAAUAAUCAUGUGAUGAUGGCAAAGUAUUUGAUCGAAAAUGGUGCUGAAGUAGAUGCUCGUGGUGGAGAACUAAAUGCUACUCCGUUGCAUUGGGCAGCAAGGAGUGGUCAUCUGCCUAUUGUAACUCUUUUAAUUAACCACGGUGCUGAUCCUAAUCUUAAAGAUUCUCAAGGAUUUAAUGGACUACACAUUGCCACACAUUCUUCUAACACUAUGUUAGUGUUGUAUCUUGUAUUUCAGGAUAUGGACAUUGAUACACCAGAUAUUCUACAACAUACACCUUUAAUGUGGUCUGCUUAUCAAGGAGAUCCUGCAACUUUAGGUUUAUUACUUAGAUUGGGUGCAUCCGUGAAAAAAACUGAUGCUGCACAGUUUACUCCUUUGCAUUGGGCAAUGAUUAAAGGGCAUCAGACGUGUAUAAGAAAAUUAAUAGAGGCCGGUGCAGAAAUAGAUUUAAAAGAGGAGAAUGGAAAAACACCUUCAGAUAUUGCACGGGAAAUGAAGUCUGAUAGGAUAUGGGAAAAAGCGUUAAACGAAUCAGGGAUAAAAGGUGAUGGAAAGAGGAAAGAGUAUAUGUUUGGAAAGCGGACUACUAAGACCAUUAUAUUUUUCCUUCCAUUUUUUCUACUAUUUACUGUAUUUAAUACUUUGGUUUAUUAUCCCUGGUACAUCGGAUUGCCUAUAAUCAUCUUGGAAUUCAUGGCAUGCUAUGUAUUGAUAGUCAAAUUUCUCAUAAGAGCACAAACACCAGAAGCUUUGGUGCAAACACCUUAUAUCACGAGCUUAUUUCAAGCAAGCGCUUUUUGGGCAGCAUUGAUUGAUCCUGGAUUCAUUCAAACAUUGCCAUUGCAUCACGAAAAACAAAAACAGUUGAUAGUCGACCUUGCAAAUAAAGGAAUGCUUGACUCAAGGCAUCUCUGCAUAACAUGCUUGAUUAAAAAACCUCUCAGGUCAAAGCAUUGUAAAAUUUGUAAUAGAUGUGUUGCUCGCUUUGAUCAUCAUUGUCCAUGGAUACAUAAUUGUAUUGGAGUAAGGAAUCAUCGUUCAUUUAUGGUAUAUCUUAUAAUGAUGAUCGUAGCGAUGCUCAGUUUUGAAUAUAUCUGUUAUCAAUAUUUUGUAAUAUCCACACCUAAAUACAUACCACUUCCAUCAAACUCUUGUUUUUUGAAUAAUACUCUGUGUGGAUUUUUCCAAUAUGAUUCGUGGACUGCUUCCUUAGUUAUCUGGCUCGGAAUGCAACUUACGUGGAGUAUAGGAUUAUUAAGCAUACAAUGCUAUCAGAUCGCAAAAGCAAAGACUACAAAUGAAAUGGCCAAUUUUCAUCGGUACCCCUAUUUUGGACAUAAUACAAGUAUAAGUGUCCGGGAACAAAUUAUGGCAACCUUGGCGUCAGGACCUGGUGUGGCUGGAACUGCUCAAAUUGGUGAUAACGGUGAUGAAGAUUUAGGUGGAAUGAGUAAUGUAGGUGAUAACCAUAAUGAUGUUCAUAGACAUCGGAGACAAUAUAAUAAUCUUGACCCUCAGCAUUCUGCCCCAGUUUUGAGAAUGUUUGGUGGAAUUGAAUCAACUACAAUGCAUCGAAGACAUAAUGAUAAUGAAAAUAGAAACCCUUUUGAUUUUGGUUGUUGGAAUAAUUGUGUGGAUUUUUGGUCACAAGGAAACGGUGGAAUGUUGCAUAAUGUGGAUUGGUUUGACAUUUUCGAUGUUCCACUUGAAAUACAUGGUAAUUUAAGACCAAGAAGUGGGUAUGUGGCUUUAAGGGACGAUGAAGUUUAA